GUGUGACAAUGAAGAGACCAAAUAUUAACAGGUUGGAGUGGAUGAGGGUCCUCACAAUCUUACCAAACAAAACAACAACGUUGUUUGCUGUUUGACUGUCCUCGUUCCUUUCUUCUGUUCUGUUCUGUCUGUUAUUCAUCUCAUUCUCUCCAACACCAACCAAACAAAUUAUGUUUUUCUUCAAAUGGUUUCAUUUGUUCAUCACUUUCCAUGUCUUGGCUGCAACACCCAUCUUCUCGUUAACAGAUUCCUCAAACCAAGUCUCCACUAACUUUCUGGACAAUGCCAAGAAGCCUGAAGUUUUUUAUUGGAUGGUCAAAAUCAGAAGGAGGAUUCAUGAGAAUCCAGAAUUGCGUUAUGAGGAAUUUGAGACCAGUAAACUCAUUAGAGAGGAAUUGGAUAAACUGGGUAUCCCAUAUAAAUACCCAGUUGCAGUCACUGGUGUUAUUGGCUACAUAGGGACAGGAAACUCACCUUCUGUUGCAUUAAGAGCUGAUAUGGGUGCACUUCCCAUCCAGGAAAAGGUGGAAUGGGAGCACAAGUGCAAGAUACCUGAAAAGAUGCACGCAUGUGGUCAUGAUGCUCAUGUCACUAUGCUUCUUGGGGCAGCAAAGAUUCUCAAACAGCACGAAAACGAGAUACAGGUUUUACUUUUUAUUUUAUAUUUCUUUUAUUUGCAUUUCAUUUCUGUAUAAUGUUAUGUUCUGCUUUGUUUUUUCCCCUAAACAACUGCUCUGCUGAUAUAAAUUGAAAACUUGGGGUCACUAGUCACUCCUCUCUACUGUCCAACUUGCCAUCUAUUCAAGAAAUCUGAUCCUUUUGAUGAUUUA